AAAACAAAAUCAAAAUAAAUAAAUACCUACUUGAAAAGGGCUAGGAAAAUUCUAUAAUGAUGUUACAUUGCCAAUUAAAUUUCCUUAAAUAGAUAUUUUUGCGAGACUAUCAAACAGCCAAAGACAUGAAAUAAAAAAAAACAAGAAAAGUCAAGUUUAAAACUUAUAUUUAUACUUAGAAAUAUUAUCUCUCAAAUAAGAUUCAUGGUCACGAGUAUUCCGUAUUACAGAACACCAGUUAACAAAAAAAUCUGAGACAAAAACAACAUCAAAAACGAAAAUGAAUUUAAAAAUAUUAGUGUUAGUAAUCCUAGUGAAAAUAGUGACGGGACACAUAACAAUAAAAGUAAAUGUCGAUGAAAAUAAAAAUGUGACAAUCACGCAUUAUGGUUCAGAAACGAAUAUAAUAACAGAUGAGGAUAUGGAAGCAUUCAACAUGCCAAGCAACGAAGGAGUAUUAGAAGAUGCUGUGAAAGAACAUUUAGGUAAACGCCCAGUGAACGUCUACGUCAAAAGUCCAACGCCAUGGGGUGAUCUGUACAAGAAAUACAAAUGGGAACAAGUCUCAAAAGUUUUAUCGAUAAAAUCCGUCAAAGUGAAGUCCCUCACUAAACGCCCCAUCGUCUUACUAUCCGAAGAUUUUCACAAUCUCUCCGACGGACCAACAAAAGUGAACACAGGGAUUAGCCACUCCAUAGAAAACACUCUAACAACGUCUUGGACUAAAGAAAAAGAAAUAACAGUCUCGCAAGAGAUCGAAUACGAAUUCAAUGUUGGCCUCGGUAAAAUGUCGGGAACUACCGGUUUUUCCUACACUAGCACUUGGGGAGUAGGUGAGGAGAAGUCCAAAACCGAAACUGUUGGGACAAGUAGUUCUAUGGAGAAGGAAUUACAACCAGGACAGUCUGUGACAGCGGUUUUGUCGGCAAGCGCCGGUUAUUUAGAACUGGAGAUUGUUUACACAGCCCAUUUGAGGGGUAACUUAGCUUUGAACUAUCGGAGAGCGUACCGGGGCCAUCAUUUCUGGGGACCGUUAAUAUCUGAUGUAAUGGAGUCAGGUGGACUGAAAAAUGAAAUAACGUUUAAAGAAAAUGUUGUAUUCGGUUUUCAUGUCGAUGCAUCGAUAAAAGUAUAUGAUAAGAAGACUGGACUGCCACUGUAGACGAUAUUGUGAAUUAAAUAUUUUUAAAAAGUUGUGUUGUGUGACUUCAGUUGAGUUGUCGAUGUGGUCUAGAUUAUCUUGAAAGUUUUUUUAGAACUGUAACUAGAUUUGUGCUCGUAUAAUUUAAACCUAUCACGCAGUAAUUAUAUAAUAUGAACUCUAUUGUGUUAUACUUUCAGUUUAUUUUAAUUUUAUUAUUUGGUAUUUUCAAUUGGUCAAUCAUUUUCCUAAAGUCGUAGAGUAUUUUUUCCACAAUUGCAAUAAUAACAUCAAUAUGUGCACUCUGA